AUGAGGAAGUGCCAGAGGAAAAUUUUAUCAAGACUUGACGGUGGACGAGGCGGCGAUGAAGUAGAAAGUUUACGGAGCGAUCCUCGCGAAGUAGAUUUAUCGAAACUUAGCAUGAUACAAGGUGAUGAUGAGGCAGGAAGUUUGCGAGGCGAUGCCCGCGAGAGAGCUAAAGAUAAUCCAUUGUCCACCUCUGCCGCAUAUCUCAAAUUUUACAGUUUAGAUAAAAUUGUUAAAUAUCUUAGAAAUGAUGUUAUUUUAGUGUACAGUAUCAUGUUACAAUGGAUAUUUAAGAAUUUAUUACCAACUGGCAUUCGUUCUCGACCUUAUUUGGAUUCAUGUACAAUUGAUGAAGUUCAACAGAUGUGUCGAACAGUAGAAAAUAAUGUUGAUCUUUCGUGUUUACAACAAAAAUUAUUGAGAUUAUUUCAAACAUUAUAUGAACUUGAACAAAUGCCAGAUAUGAAUCAUUAUGAAUUCAAAAGCAAACUACUUUUAAAUGAUCAAUUUGGGUUCUAUUUGGAAAAAAGACGUUCAAAAUCACCGUUGAUCAAUGGAGAUGGAACAUUUUUGACUGGUGGCUCAGUUACAUGUGGUCAAUUAGUGGCAAUUUAUCCUGGAACAAUCUAUCGUCGAUAUCGUGAUCCAUUAUUUUUUCAAUCGAUUAAAAAUCGUUUCUUAUUAUCUCGAAAAGAUCAAAUUGUUUUGGAUGGAAAUGAUCGUGGACUAUCGAAAUCUAUUUUUCUCUCUUGUUAUGCACGAGAUGGUUCACUUUAUGGAGAUGCAACAUGGCUAUUAUGGAAUAAAUUGAAUCGACGAACAAAAAAAUAUCCUUAUAUUCGAAAUCCACUAACACUUGGUCAUUAUAUCAAUCAUUUUCCGAAAAAUUCAUUACCUAAUGUGACCUAUUUUGAAUUUGAUUUUGAAUUUCUACAAAAUUAUCCUCAAUUGUAUCGAUACGCACCGCAUGUCUACUAUAAUAGCAAUGAAAUUGAAAAUAUUCUCUGCAUGCCAUCGACAGUACUUAUUUCAUUAAGAAAUAUUGAAGAAAAUGAAGAACUUUACUCAUGUUACAUGAAUAUUCCUCAAAGUGUCCAUAUGGAAUAUCGAAAUUGUACGUUGUACAAACAAUUAGAUGAAAAAUCAAAGUCAAGUUUUAUUUUAACACAACAAUUAUUAGUAGAUAUUAUUUUAUCCUUUAAGCCAAUAGGUACGCUAAGAUAUUCUUUUUUUGCUAUUAUCUGAGAUAUUGUGUGAUAAAAAAGUAAAAUAACUUUCUUUUUUCUAUAUUCUUAUCGAUGACAAAGAUUCAGACUCACGAGGGAAGUCCACCAACCUGAAAAUCGUUUGCCGGCCAAAAUCGAGUGGGUCAUAGGUUAUCGACGGG